AUGUCACCGAACCCCUUAGUCCUCUCCGACGCUGAUAUAUCCUACAUCCUCAGCAACCUCGACGCCCCCGCCCUCCUCUCGACUCUCCAGAUCCUCACCACGGCACUGACAGAGUUCUCGACGAGGCCGUCCAACAUCCACCAGCCCCUCCGCCAGUCCAUCACCACCUCGAAUGGCUCCACAACGCUGUUCAUGCCGUCAUCCAACACGGCCCUGACAGCCGUCAAGACCGUAACACUAAACACAACAACAUCGGCGUCGCCCAAGGGUACACUGACAAUCUUUGAUGGCACAACCGGGGAGCUACAGGGGGUGCUGGCAGCGGAGGAGUUGACGGGGUACCGCACGGCGCUGGCCAGCAUGAUCGUGCUGCUGAAGCGGAUCAAGCAGGGCAAGCCGGUGAAGCGGAUAGUGGUGUUUGGCACAGGGAAGCAGGCACGGUGGGCGCUCAGCCUGUGUAUGAACCUCAUCCCGGAUCUGUUGCAGGUUACGAUUGUGGGGCGGUCGACGGUGCAGCGUGCGAGGGACGCACUGCCGGGGGCGAGGAAGCUGAACGAGGUGACGAAGUGGAGCUUGAGUAGUCCGGACUGCAAGUUUGUGGCGUUGGCGCCGGCGGGCGAGCCGGGUUUUGAGGGGAGGUUGCGGGAGGCGGUGGGGGGCGCGGAUGCGAUAUUCUGUUGUACGCCGGCGACGGAGCCGCUGUUUCCGGUGGAGUACUUGACGGCGGAGAGGGCGAGGUAUGUGUCGUUGGUGGGGUCGUAUAAGCCGCACAUGAAGGAGAUUGACCCAGCGUACCUGAGGAGGAAGGAUGUGGCGGUGUUCGUGGACUCGAAGGAGGCGUGUCUGAAGGAGGCGGGGGAAGUGAUUGCGGCGGGGCUGAAGGAGGGGGAUUUGGUCGAGGUGGGGAAUAUCCCGCUGGGUGAGGAGUUUGGGGGGAAUUUGGUGUUCAAGUGUGUGGGGCUGGCAAUUAUGGACUUGGUUGUGGGGGCGGAGGUGUUAAGGCGGGCGAGAGAGGAGAGGGAGAAACUGGUGUUUUCGUCGGCUUAUAAGAAGAUUUGGGUGGAGAUUCCAGACUUUUCGUAA